AUGGAAAAUCCUCAUGAACAAGUUCAUAAUGCAUUAUUAAGUAGAAUUAUAAAUAAUAUGGUAUGUAGAUUGAACUAAAAAACUAAAACUAUUUAAUAUUUACUAAUAUUUAAGGAAAAUUUAAAUAAUUCGGUAAUCGAUGUUAAUAAAUUAUUACAGGAAGUUAAUAAGAAUAAUUUAAAAACUGAAUUACUUGGUCAAAUGUGGGAAAAUUUUGUUAGAAAUUCUGAUUAUAAAUUAGAAUCUACAGGUCAAAAGAAAUGA